AUGCAGAAGGCUAUUCGACUACUAAAAGUGCUCGAUAGGUGGGCUCUGUUCGAUCUAGGUGAUUACCCGAUCCCUACAUUCGCCAAGGGCCGCAUCUGCCUUCUUGGCGAUGCAGCACAUGCAUCUACGCCGCAUCAAGGUGCUGGAGCGGGAAUAUGCAUUGAAGACGCAGCAGUCAUGGCAUCACUAUUGGCUGACGAAAAGGUACGAGACAGCACUGGCGUUGUGGCUGCGUUUGCUGCAUUCGAUGCCAGCCGCCGAGAGCGAGGUGAGUGGCUGAUUCGGGAGAGUCGAAGAGCAGGGGAACUGUACGAUCUCCGAACGAAACAUGGAAAAGACUUUGAUAAGCUUCGUGAGGAAGUCUAUUCGCAGGCUGAGGAGUUGUGGAACUUUGAUCUGGACGGGAACAUCAGAGAUGCAUUGGAGGAUAUGGGACGUCGUCUAAAUGUGAAAUAUCUUUUUGGAUUUGCUGUAUCACUUACCAACCAACCUUCGGCUUCCAACGAAAAUCUACCUCCCAAAAGACAAAUUAUGCCCGCAGACUUCGACAAACAAAGCUACUGGGGCGAGCGCUUCGCAUCCGAAACCAACUUUGAAUGGUUGACCUCUUCUGCGACCCUCAUGUCGAUCGUGGACCCAUGUCUCACCAAUUUGGACGACUCGGCGCGCAUCCUGCAGCUGGGCUUCGGAACAAGCGACCUGCAGAACCAUAUCCGGGAAAGAGGAUUCCAGGAUAUUACCAACAUCGAUUUUGAGCCUCGGGCCAUUGAUCGCGGCCGGAUGCUGGAAAAGCAAGUAUUCGGUGACGUGAAGAUGCGCUAUCUCGUUGCAGAUGCCACGCAGCUCCAGCUUACUGAUAAGUACGAUUUCAUCAUCGACAAAUGUACGGCGGACGCAAUCUCUUGCGGAGGUGAAGAGCCGUUGUUAAGAAUGGCAAACGGGGUGAGACGACACUUGGCCGACGGGGGCUUCUGGAUUUCGUUGAGUUAUUCUUUCUGCCGAUUCGAUGUCGAGAACCUCCCCUUUCACGUGGACGUCAUUGCGAAAAUUCCUACGCCUAAAUUGAAGGCUACCGACCCCGAUGUCUACCAUUGGUGUUACUUGUUGACACCAAAGACUUUGCAAUGA